UGCGUCCACAUCAGCCUCACUGACCGCGCUAUUCAAAAAUUUCUCCAUCGACUUUUGAUCAUUUUUUAUUUUACCAUUGUCGCACCGGGUACGAUGUAAUUGUGUCCGGUGACUGGAUUUUGAGACCGGUGCGUGUUCCCAAGCCGUUCGUUCGGUCCGUUAUUUUAUGGUGAACGAUGUGAACGUGUUGUUGUUUUAUGUGAUGGAACCACUUGCAUCAUAGAUAAUGGCUCUAAGGAUUUUUAUGCUUUGUGUCGUCACGACUGGUUCAGUUCUUGGCGCGGUCCAAACGGGAACGUCGAGCGGCGGCAACUCGCUGGUGGACACGACGACUCGCGGUCCGCACUUCGACCCCGCCGCCUCCAAGAAUGUCACAGCACUGCUCGGAAAGACUGCCUACCUUAAUUGCCGAGUCAAGAACCUCGCCAACAGAACGAUGUCUCUGCAGGUGUCGUGGGUCAGACAUCGGGACGUGCAUCUUCUGACCGUCGGCCGUUACACCUACACGAGCGACCAACGGUUCCGCGCCAUCCACCAACCCCAUUCCGAAGACUGGACCUUACAGAUUAAGUAUCCGCAGCACAGGGACUCCGGCGUCUACGAGUGUCAGGUGUCUUCCACGCCGCACCUCUCCCAUUUCAUACAUCUUACAGUCAUUGAGCCAGACACGGAGAUAGUGGGCGGGCCGGAGCUGUUCAUUGAUCGCGGAAGCACCAUCAACCUCACCUGCGUCGUCCGGCACAGUCCCGAGCCACCUGCCUACAUAUUUUGGAACCACAACGAUGCCAUAAUAAGCUACUCGAGCUCCAGGGGCGGCGUGAGCGUGGCGACCGAACGGGGCGAGACCAGCAGGAGCGUGCUGCUCAUCCAGAAGGCGAAGCCGACGGACUCGGGGAACUACCAGUGCAAUCCGUCGAACGCCCGCCCCGCCAACGUCACCGUGCACGUUCUCAACGGUGAGCACCCGGAAGCGAUGCAGCACGGCGGCAACCAGAGGAUGGGACCGUCGUUGGGCGCGUUGGCCUUCAUCUCAUACGUUCUGUUGGUAUACUGUUAAGUUUAUUGGGGAGAGAGCAACCAAAAAAAAAUUAAUGAAUUAAUGAAACUACGUGGACUCUAUUUUAGUCGUUCAAUGCCUGGUCAGUGUCGACAUUGUGCGUGUUAAUAACUUCUCAGUGAUGGAAACUAAACUGAAACCAACUGCUGAAUGGAUCACGAUCGGACACUCACUUGUUGACUUGAUUUUGUCUUGAAUUCCCCACAUUAAAUUAAUUAUAUUGUAUUGUAUAUAAAUUUUAUUGUUGUUUUUACUGAAAUAUUUAUAUAAAUUUAACCAAAUCGCACUAUUGCACUACAUGCAAGCCCAAAACAACGUAGUGGAAUGUUAUAAAAGAGACUGAUUUGUGAUUUUACGUGUCCUUAACGAGUUUAAUUAAUCACAUUCUAUAUUGUUGUUAUUAAUUUAACAAUUGUAAAUAAAACAAACACGAAUUCUCCUCAAAAUCUAUAGUUUAAAGCCCAAUAUUCAAUUGAGAGUGGAAAUAAACCAAGUGACUGUUCGAUAGUUUCCAUCACUACAAAACUAAACAAUACAUACUUCUAUUAUAUGCUCUAAACGUGUACAUUAUGACCCGCAAGAUCCAUGCCAUCCUGGGAACCAUUUAAAUAUACAAACCUGAUGUCAGUCAUCAAAAAUGAAAGCGAAAGUAUUUUUUGGAUGUCGCCCAAUUAAUAACGCCGAUGACUCAGUAAUCAUUUUGCUUCGAUCAACAAACGGCAUUAUCUGUAAAUAAAGUACUCCGAAAAUCCAUUUUAUUUAUUCAAAAUCAGAAAUAACAAACUACUUUUGACGUGACACUUUCAAGUUUUCCAUUUCCACACAACAAAGUUGGGCUUUGAAAUAUUUAUUAGUGGCACUUUAAACUUGUUAAUGUAUUGAUAAAUAAUUCUGAAUCUGACAAGCUUUCUUGUACACUUUUCAAAGAUGACUUAAUGUUUCAACAUUUACGCCGAAAAUUUCACAUAUUUAUAUAAAUCUUAAUUUAAAUCAAGGCCAAAAUCAUCCAAAACAUGUGUUUUAAGGAUUAUUAGACAAAUUUUAAGGUAAACUAUACGAUUUUAAACACCGUGGCGUAAUCUGGAACAAUUCCAAAACGACAUAAUCCAAACGUAAACAUGUUGAACAAAUUUUAUUAAAUUCAAUUCACCUUUUUUCUAAACAAACAACUCUUUGUAAAUAUAGAUUAUUCAAUGAUUCCUUGUGUGUUAUGAAACGUUGAUCACGGAAGGGACAUCAAAACCAGAUAACUCACCAACAAACUAUUUCAUUAGCAAGCUAUUUUAUUGCUCAGUUUAUCCGGAUCGAUGUCGAUCAACGUUUCCGUUUUAAACUGGCAACACAGACACAACUAAAUAUUGCCUAUUAUAUUGAACGAUAAAACUCGUGUGCCAGUCCUUAAAAUCCACCACCAUCCAUUACGUUCCAAAUCGAUGGAAGAAACUAAUCCCCCUGAAAAAUUUACAGACAUGCAAAAACGCCACGUGAAUUCCAAGCCAAUGUUUAAAUAAUGUGCCCCAUAAAAAGAUUAGAAGAUAAUAAAGGUGGGCGACGUUCUUGCUCAAUCGUGUAUGAUUCUGUUGGGCUAUUUUAUAUUGAGGCGUUAUUUAAGCACAACAUAUAGUAUGUAUUUGUCGUCUUUUAACAGUGUCCCCCUAUUAUGUUCUCGACGGACUUAAUAUAAAAUAGGCUGAGUUCAAUCAGAGGUAUAUAUAAAUGGUUUCACUCUUCCUCACAUCCUCAUACCAAAUCAUCCUUCACCGUUUAGUCUAUAAAAAAACCUAAAGGAUAAAUUGUAUAUAAAGUUAUUAUAUGGCAAACUUGUAGAAUUUAAGUCAAAGUUGUUACUUUAUUUUCCUAAGUUGUAAGAGUACACAUUUAUGUAUUAUAUGAAUAUAUUGUAUGUCAUAAUUUGGUGACUAACUGACUAACAGCAAGAUCAUUUAACCUAAAUCGAUCCCACCACAGUACUAAUUUUAAUAAACAAUUCAAUUUUUCUGAUCGUUUUCCUCCAAUAUUCCUCAACCCAGAAAUUUAUCAUUGUUGUCCUUGGUAGUGAGUAUCUAUUCGGGUUUUGUGUCUAAAAAUAUGUCGCUGAAUGAAUUGUUUCGAAACAAUGGACGACGAGUGAAAACACGACAGUCAUAGCUUAAAUAUAAAUAAAUCACACGACAUGCAAUGAAACUCUGGAGAGAAUAAAUAGAUUCUCUCUCUACAGUUAGAAUCUAUGUUGCACUUUUGCUCAAAUUAAAAUUUAUUAUAAAAAAUUAAUUUGUUUCUUUAUUUAAGAACUAUU